AUGCCUUCCCCAAAGUCGUCCAAACGGGCUCCGACCCCGCCCCUCCUACCGCAACACACGCCCCCCUCCUCCCCGCUCUCCUACUUCCGCCGCCCGGGCCGCAUCCUCCGCCUCCCACGUACGAACCUACAUCUUUCCCCCCUCGCACGCAUCGUCGGUUCCCUCCGGCGAAUAAGGGACUACCUGAACCCGGGGGAUGCGACGCCCCUGCUGGUGCUGAUGCUUUUCUUCCUUUGGGCUUGUGUGCUCGUUGUGAGCACGGGGCUGGAUAUUGGCAAGACUGCUGUGGUGGGGUGGGUGUGGAGGGCUGUGUUUGGGGAGAGGUCAUAGACACUCGGAAGGAGGGAGCAGGGCUCUCUCCCUUCCUGUGAGAGAGGGAUGAGAGAAGGAGAGGCUAUAUACCGAUCACCUGCGGAAGAUGCGGACGGACGACGGAGGAAAGGACGGAGGAAGGUCUCCAUGGACGAGAGAGGAGGAAAGGCGGUCCCAUGUGUAUUUCACUGUUGUACAUCCUCAUCCUGAGCACUGUUGUUCAUGACCCUAGUUCUACAUCCUUACGAUUC